UUUUCAGUAUAUAUAUCUCUGCAAACAACACCAAAUAUCCACAAGUUCAGUAUUUCUACUUCGCCUACUCCUGUAAACAACAGCUACUUGCAAAGUUAUUAGCUCAUUUUUUGUGGUCUAUUUGUUUUAAUUUAUAUUUCUUCCAAGGAAAAAUGAGCAGACCAGGAGACUGGAAUUGCAGGUCAUGCCAACACUUGAACUUCCAAAGGAGAGACUCAUGCCAAAGAUGUGGUGAGCCAAGACAUGGUGCAAGUGCUCAUGACUUUGGAAGCUCCUGCUUUGGCGGAAGGGGAGGAGGCUCCUCCCCUUUCGGCGGCUUCAGCACCGGGCCUGAUGUAAGGCCCGGUGACUGGUACUGCAAUAUUGGAAAUUGCGGUGCCCACAACUUUGCUAGCCGCUCUAGCUGCUUCAAGUGUGGUGCUUUUAAGGAUGAAUCUUCUGGCGGCUGCAGUGGCGGUGGCAGUGGCUUUGAUGCUGAACACAUGAUGUCGUCGUCCCGCCCGAGGGGCUUUGGCUUUGGAGGUGCAAGUGGUGGCAGCCGCUCUGGAUGGAAGUCUGGGGACUGGAUUUGCACCAGGUUAGGCUGUAAUGAGCACAACUUUGCCAGCAGGAUGGAGUGUUUCAGAUGCAAUGCACCUAGGGACAUAGCUGGUAACCAGUCUUCAUAUUAAUUCAUCAUUGAUUCUCCAUUUUUGGUGUUGCAGUCUAAGAAAGAAUCA